CGCCGCGGGGUUGGUGGGUUGGGCUGGGGAGGUGCGGCGAGGAGGCGGGCCCGGCCCGGCGCGUGCGUCAGGUUCGGUAGCGCUGCGCGAGGGGCCGGGUAAAGUGAUCAGAAGCAGCAAUAGGAGAAAUGGAGAUGCAGUCAUAUUACACGAAGCUCUUGGGAGAGCUCAAUGAGCAAAGAAAGAGGGACUUUUUUUGUGACUGCAGUAUUAUUGUGGAAGGCAGGAUCUUCAAAGCUCACAAGAACAUUCUGUUUGCUAAUAGUGGCUACUUCAGAGCCUUAUUGAUUCAUUACAUUCAAGACAGUGGGCGACACAGCACUGCUUCUUUGGACAUUGUUACUUCAGAGGCCUUCUCCAUCAUCCUAGAUUUCCUUUAUUCAGGGAAGCUGGAUCUUUGUGGGGAAAAUGUUAUUGAAGUCAUGUCAGCAGCUAGCUACUUGCAGAUGACUGAUGUGGUCAAUUUUUGCAAAACUUACAUCAGGUCGUCGCUAGAUAUUUGCAGAAAAAUAGAGAGAGAAGCUGCUUUCUAUCAGGCUGAUAGUGGAAGCUCUAGUUCUGCCAGAGAGGGCACUUCUUAUGGUACAAAGAGCCAGUGCUCUGCCUCCAUCUCUUCUCUGCAAGAAAAGGAAAGGAUUUCUGAUUGUCAGAGAGAUCCUCCCUGUGGUGAAUGUAGCAGCUGCCACCCAAUGGAACUUGUGGUGAGAGACCCUGUAAGCAGUGAUUCUCCAGAUGACAUUAAUUCUUCUCUGCCCAAAGGGGUAGUAGAACCAAAAGUAGAAUUUGACUCUGAUGAAGUGGAAGUAGAAGUGGGUGAACGACUACAGCAGUAUCCAACUCCAUUAUCUCUUGAGCAGAUGGAAGAGGGGCUGCACAGUGGCCAGGCAAUGGACUUGGCCUGUAAUAACUACCAUAUGAAACAGUUCCUGGAGGCCCUGCUACGCAACAGUGCAGCUCAAAGAAAAGAUGAUGUAGUUCAUCACUUUGUUCGGGGCUUUGAGGGUAGGCCAGAAGAUGCAGGGGUGGCCAUGAGUUCCAUGAUGGACAUUCACAGCGACUGGUAUGGUGAGGAUACAGGUGAUGUGUUAGUUGUGCCAAUCAAGCUCCACAAAUGCCCGUUCUGUCCCUACACCGCUAAGCAGAAGGGAAUACUAAAACGGCACAUUCGCUCUCAUACAGGCGAGAGACCCUACCCUUGUGAGACGUGCGGCAAACGCUUCACCCGGCAGGAGCACCUUCGGAGUCAUGCUCUGAGUGUGCACCGAUCAAACAAGCCAAUUAUCUGCAAGGGUUGCAGAAGAACGUUCACAAGUAGCCUAUCGCAGGGAUUACGACGCUUUGGCUUGUGUGACAGCUGCACUUGUGUAACGACUACGCAUGAGGAUUCAAUGCCCAUUAACCUCAGUCUGAUGGAACCUUCAUCAGAAGGUCAAGAAAAGGGUGAUACAGACAAUGAUUGGCCUAUAUAUGUCGAAUCUGGUGAGGAAAAUGAUCCAGCUGAUGACGAUGAUGCUGAUGAUAAGCAGGAGAUCCAUAGAAGCUUAUCAGACCGAGAGGCACUUAUGUAGUAACAAAAGGAGGGUGGGCAGAUUUAAAGUGUCUCCCCUGUGAUUGGUCAUUCUACAGCAGAAAACUGCAUAUUUAACCAGUUUUGUGGAACUGUGUGUUUUUUAUUACUAAAUUCCAGUUUUGAUAGAACUGGUGGGAAGAACUGGAUUUUGGAAUUUUGAAAUAUUUUUUAACUUUUCAGUGCUGUGCACUAGAAUUCUGAGGGAAUUUCCUGUCCUGGGUGAGCAGAGGCUGUCUCCUUGCAAUCACCUGUUGUGCUUCUGUACCCUGGCUAUGAGGGAAGGAUCAUCAUGAUCGUUUGAUACUGAGUUUCCUUCCACAAUGCUACCAUAGUCCCCCAAUCCUGGUCUCAAGGGGGCACCAUCAUCUUUCUAGGAAGAGAUGUGAAGAAAAUAAACGUAGUUUUCAUCCUUAAUCUUGGACUUCUCUAAACUAUUUUACAUUCUUGUCCUUCUUAUGCUAGGAAAGUCCUAUCUGAAACUGUAAAUCCUAACUGUUUAAUUUUAAAAGUUUAGAAUAGGAUUUGACCUGGAAACCAUGGUAAAUUACCAGGAUAACAAAUAUGCUACAGAGGGAAGCAUAUUCAGUAGAGAAUCUUCACACGUGUUUGUUCAUAUAUGUACUUAGAGAGCAAGCUUCUAUUUUUGGGCAGUUUUCACUACAUUUCCAUCCCUGGAGAACAACAGAGCUUGGGCUAUGAUUCUUCUGGUCUAUCUUUAAUGCCCAUUAGACAGUAGUCCAGGCCUGAGAACUACACAGAAUACUUAUUCUAUGAUCUGGUAAAAUAGUGUCCAAAGUGCACUGGUCACUGAAGCAACAGUAAGUGCACUACCCACCUCUUUUCAUAAAAUCAUAGAACUGGAAGGGACCUCGAGAGGUCAUCUAGUCCAGUCCCCUGCACUCAAGCCAGGACUUAAGUAUUUUUCAACCAUUUAAAGUAGAAGUUAUAACCUAGCAAUCUAGAAAAGUGGUUUCUUUAGUAGAUUCAAUAGUCAGAUUUACUGCUGAUCUAGCCGAAGAAUUCCAAAGAAAAAUCUGGGCUACGUAUAUAACACCAUCCCUGCAAAGUAUUUUUCAUGAAGUCAGGUGAGACCCCUUGUAAAAUUAGAGACUCCCUGUAUGCAAACUUCCCUUUUCCUAAUGAGAGUUUUUUCUUCUUAUGUAGUCAAAAAAUAGUCUUUGGUGAUUCCUAUGAUGGUUUGUACCCUUUCAUUGUCUUAUGAAUUCAUCCAGGUACUGUCUCUUGUUAAAAUUCCAACUUGGACCCUACAUUUUCCUUGUUGAAUAGAUACAAGUUGGCUUUUGAAGGAGGUGAGAUUACUUUACUUAAUUUACCUGUCCAGUACCAAAUUGCUGUAAACUAUGAAAUUAGCUGGGAAACUGUAAAGAGCUCUUGGUAAGCUACUGCUAAACUUAAGACUAAAGAAGAUACAAUACUGAAGGAUUCUGUGAAGUGAAGGUGCAUACUGUAUGUAGAUAGUACUUUUUAACUUUGUAAAUGUUAAUGAAAAGCACUGUACUUGGGCCUCACUUUCUGGAUCAAGUGCUAGAACAGAAGAUUGCAGACAGACAUCACUGACACAAGAAGAUCGUCUCACUUAAAAAGACAGUUUUCCUUUCUUAUAUUUUACAGAAGACUUUACACUGAGCAAACAUAAAAUGGAACAUUUUUAUAUAAAAAGCAGCUGAUUUAAUCAGUCAUUUUCUGUAUACCUCAUGCAAUUAUUUCACAUAUUGGAUAAGAACAUUCUGCCCCACAGUUCAGCUUCUUUAUUUGCUUCAUCCUGUAGUAAGACAAUAAUCCUGGUGUGAUAUCACAAUCUACUUGUACAGAAGUGAUUCUGAUAUCACAAAUGCAGCAUUAUGACUUCAUUGCAAGAUCAAAUAGGAUGAAUAAAAAUGAAACAAGCCUCUGUUUAUCUUUAAUUACUAGCAAAGUAGCAAAAAAAAAAACCCAACCCCCCCAAAAAAUCAGAGGUAAAUAGAGUUGUUUGAAAUGUCUCCCCAAAACUCGAAGUCUUACUUUAAGUGCUAUCUUUCUGGAAGAUAUUGCAUUUCUUGCUGGAUUUAUUUUCUGUAACUUAAAUUGAGAGGAGCAACGCACCUUUAAAAAUAAGCUAUUUGUAUUUGUUUUUUAGUUUGUUACAAAACCUCUCCAAUAGUCCUUAUUUCAUAUUGUUUGUAAAUUGGAGUUGGUGUCUGAACGAUAAUGUCAUAGUUUCAUCAGCAUAGCAAAUUAGUAUGAGGGCCAGAUUUUCAAAAGAACUAAGCAACCACCAGCAACUCCCAUUUAGGCACCUGAAUGAGUGUCUGGAUCUACAAAAGAGCCCUGGCCACUUCAUUUAGGAGCCUAAAUGGGAACUGAGCUCUCCUGAACAUCUAACUUCAAUUUCGGGAGCUAAACACUUUUGAAAAUCUGGCCUAUAGAGUGGGCUUCUAAAUCACAUAAGCGCUUUUGAAAAUCCUAUAUAUAAUCCCAUGAGGGUGGUCUUUUCGAUGACUUCUUUGUUACUGCUCAGCCAACCCAAGUUCACGAUGGUAUUCUCUAUCUGCUUAUCAGUUGAGCAAAGGACUUUGUGUAAGAACAUUUUAAAAGGAGUCCUCAUACUUUUGACAAUUGAGGACUGAGUUGCAUAAUGAAGGUGGGGUAGGAAUGUAAAUAGUCAUCCUAACUUUUCAUCAGCAUGGCAUCCUGAUCUCUAUGGUCAUUCUGGCAGAGAGGUGCCACUUCAGUGUAAAUAUUAGAGGCCAAUAGACUUGGAAUAUUCAUUGGAUAUGGUGCUGGAUAGUGUGUUAUAAUGCAUCUUUCUGGUGAUUUAGCUUAUCAGAGAAACACUGUAGAACUAUGUUGAGGCAUGUACUAGUGAACUCUGAAAUUGUGAAGACCUUCAGAAGAGGGAAAAUCAGUGCUCUUGUGAAGGCAUGUAUGCAGUGGAUUUAAGAGCUGUGGGAAAUACUGCAGUGGCCUUCAGCUGUUUGAAUUCAGCCUGCUUCAUUUGGUUUUAGAAAUUUUUCUUGUGUGUCUUGUGCAUAGAGAAUGGAACUGUGUUAAGUUUUGUGUAACGUUGGGGCAAGGGGUGGGGUGGGCGAGAGAUUCCAAUCACGUUGCAGUUUGAAAGUGACCAGCAAAAUUGCAAUUUCUGUUGAUCUGUCAUAGUGUGCCACUUUGUUUUUCAGUGGGUCCUUAAUUCAGCCUCAGUGUUUAGUAGAAAAGGUUACACUUUAUUCAGUUUCUUGUGACAGAUGUUUAUGUAGAUCUGUGUUUGCUGUGCUUCCCACCCAGUUCCAUUCUGUUUCCCUGAAAUCUUCCAUGUAAAUCCAGCCUUUACAAGCUUUGAGAAAGUGACACUGCUGUUCUAAAAGAAUAUUCAUAUGGUGCUGAAUGAAGAAUCAAAGAAAAUGUCCUUAGACUUGUUUCUAAUGUGAUCUUUUCUCUCAAAGUUUUUAAAAGGCCACGAAAACUACAUAUCUUAAAUUCUUAGCUCUGCAUAAUUUACACUGUUUAGGAGUAUACUUAAUUUAUUUGUUUGCACAUAAUUGCACUGUUUUUCACUAAAGAAAUACAUGCUGCAAUGAUAUUAAUGGUGCAUUGAACUUGUAAAUAUUAAUCUUCCAAAUCUGAGUCAUUUCAUUUGUCUGAAAUUUGAACAGUAACUUUAUAGCUGGAGUCCUUUAAUUUAGUCUACCUAAUUAACAGACACUCUUACGAGCUGAGCCUUAUUUGAACAGCUGAUUUAACUACAUCAGUGGAUACCUGGAGGAGUCUGAAACUAUUGGCCUUGUGUAGAAAGUAAACCUAGUUAAGGGGGGUAUGCUUUAUAAAACAUACACCAGUUGACUAAAUUGAGGAAACUCCAAGUUAAGGCUCAACACUCAAUUUUUAAUUCCGACAUUCAAUCCAUCUACUGCUGGCUAUGGGCACUAUGCAAGCAAAAAUCAAACUAAUGGCAAGGAAAGAUUAAAAGGAUGCUAUCAACUUUAAAAUCUAGUCAUUUUUUUAAAGUGUUUUCAGGUACUACUGAUUCUUCCUAAUUACUUUUAUGGUUUUACAAUCAUAGUUUCAUUUUUAAUUUUUAUUUUUUUAAAUAACUUUUCCUUCCCCUGUUGCUGUGGGGGGAUCCUGCACAACCCUCUGGGGAAACAGUGAAACUGACUGUGUUGUCAAAUGCACAUAAUAAACUGCAAAAAACAGAUAAAUAAUUUCCCUCCUAAUCUCUUUGUUAUAGUAACCUCUUGGAUGUUACUUGUAACAAUAAUAGGUUUUAAAAAAUCCAGAUGAAGCAUUGAUUUUU